UUCUCUGUUAUGGGCAGGGCCCCGGACAUGGGCCCCUCUCUUUCUCCCCUGGUUUAGUUUUCACAGCUUUGCUGAAAUCACACAUUUCGGUGGGAAUAGAGAAGACAUUUACGCGUCCAGCAGAUGAAAUCAACUAUUUUUUUUUAUUGGUACUCAACUGGUUGUGUUUGAUUUAAAGUGGCACCCCAUUCGGGUGUGUUUAAUAACUGUAUGAUCUGGGAGUUCCUCUUUUUGUGCGUCUUUUUUUGGACCUGUAAUGGAAUGACCGACUACAAACCAUGAACAAAAUGGAGAAGACUCUAGAGAGCAGCUUUGAAGAAAAGCUCACGUUGUCCGAAAAAGUUCUCACAUCUCCGCUAGAGACAAGUGGCACUCUUGAGAAAGAGAAUGAAAUGGACAGUGAGAUCCUGAAAGCGGACGACACAACGAUCACAGACUGCUCCCUCAUAACAGAUCCACCAUCAAAUACAGAACCAAUCAAAUCUGACCCGAGACCCACCACACCUGGAGGCACUGCCAACUCCCCGCCUAAAAAAGAUGGGAUAAGCUCGCAGCAACGGCAGAAACAGGCUAAACAGAGGCGAGAGGAGAGAGCCAAAUAUCUAGACCAGAGAACACAGGAGCAAGCGGCGAAGAAAGCUCAGUGGUUGGAGAAGGAGGAGAAGGCCCGGCGUUUGCGUGAAAGCCAGCUAGAGGAGCGCAGAAGGAAGUUGGAGGAGCAACGACUGAAGACAGAGAAACGAAGAGCCCUGCUGGAGGAGAAACAGAGACUGAAACUCGAGAAGAACAAGGAGCGAUAUGAAUCCGCCAUAAAGAGAUCAACCAAAAAAACAUGGGCUGAGAUUCGUCAGCAGAGGUGGUCGUGGGCCGGUGGAUUGAACCAGACUUCACGUAGAGAGAGCAGAUGCUCGGCCUCCACGGUCAACCUGCCACGACAGACGGAGCCUGUGCUAAACAACAGGCUGUCCAAGUCCUCGGCAACGCUCUGGAACUCGCCCUGCAGAACCCGCAGUUUGCCUCUGAGCCCGUGGGAGAGCCGCAUCGUGGAGAGACUGAUGACGCCCACUCUUUCCUUUCUGGCUCGGAGUCGGAGCGUAGCCACCCUACAGAACAGCAGCGACCCCCGCUGCUCCCAUCAUCAUCCUCACCAGCACAACAAUGAACGUUGGAGAGUCUCUGCCAGCACACCUGAUAUCACACAGCGCCAACACAGACGUAACUCUACACCUUUUGAGAAGAAGAAGAAAGAAAAGAAAGACAAGGAACGAGAAAAUGAAAAGGAGAAGAAUGCUCUGUCUAAAGAGAAAGUAGAGAAGAAGAGACUGUCCCAGACCAUCACCAGAACAAAAUCAGCAGCCAGCCCAAAUGUCAAAGCUAAAAACAGAUCGUCAUCGCCUGCUACCCCGAGAAGUCGUCCCCUCUCCCCCAACCCUGCAGUGUCUUCUAAAGCCACCUCGUCUUCAGGCCGGACCCCUCCUGGCACCAAGACCCGACCUAAACGAGCUCAGACUCCCGCCCGCGUGCAGCAACUCGCCGUCGUUGCUGUCGCUGUGGAAACAAAGAAGGAGCCCAGUCAGGCUGACCCUCCCAAGGAGACAAAGGCUAUACCCAAUAUUCCUGACAUUACUGUCUCCUCUGCUCCGGCCAUGCCCCCGACUGUCUCUCCACCAAUCACUGCAGCUCCUCAGACUCCAGAGGUGGUCAAUGUGGCAUCCACAGCUUCUGGAUCUCUCUCUCCGGAGCCCGGCCCACUGGCUGCCAAGCCGACAGCUGGGACCAAUGACCCUGAAGAGGCGGCCAGGGUGCUGGCGGAGAAGAGACGUCAAGCCCGCGAACAGAGAGAAAAAGAGGAAGAAGAGAAACGAGAACUGGAGCAGAGGAGCAGAGCACUUCGUGAGGAGCAUGCCAGACGUGAGGAGGAGGAGAGGAAACGCAGGGAAGAGGAGGCGUGCUUCAUGGCAGAGCAGCAGCGUCUGCAGGAGGAGAGAGAGGCACAAGAGAGAGCAAUAGCAGAACAGGAGGAAAACCUGCGCCUCCAGAGACAGAGAGAAGAGGCCGAAUCUAAAGCCAGAGAGGAAGCAGAGAAACAGAGAAUAGAGAGAGAGAAACACUUCCAGAAAGAAGAACAAGAGCGUCUGGAGAGAAAGAAGCGUCUAGAGGAAAUCAUGAAAAGGACUCGUAAGAGUGACGCAGGAGGACAGAAAGACGUGAAGUCUCCAGCGCAAGUGAACGGCAAAAUCUCUGACAGUGUAAUCCAGAAAAAUCCUUCAAACACUCUCCAUAGUGGUGCGGCAAAUUUAAACCAAUCACAGGGAGAUAUGAAAACAAGCCCUAUGAGUUGGGAUUCGACCCCAAUGAUUAAUGGUGUGCAGCCUAGCAAGCAUCAGAAUGGACUGUCCUCCAAUGGAGAGGUGGCAGAUUUUGAAGAAAUCAUCAAGCUGUCCAAUCACAGUGGCGGUAGCACUGGGCAGGGUCAACCUGUUGACCCAAUCAUUGCCUUUGAGGGAGGGGAACCCUUUAUGAUGAAGACGGGGCCUAUUAAACCUCAACAUGUGGCAGAGGUUCUGUGAGUGCAGAUCCCUCUGAAAGUGAAGAAAAGCCUUACGCUUAUAGUGCUAAAGAGAGCAACUGCUUCCACCCGUGAUGUGUGCCAAACGAACAGACUGCUUUAACUUUACGAACACUGCAAGACAGAAAGCGCCAAUUUC